AGCCUAAAACCCAUAGUCCACAUUUACCCUCCAAAACCCCUCUUCCUUAUUACACGAUAAAAUACAACUAUACAAGAGGGAGGACGGAGGCGAGGCUAGAGCAAUAUCUGGUCUAUAAUUUGCAAGAAUUCGAGUAAACAAAUCUUAGCGGGCGGUGUCCAAUUUCAGCGAAUCCCAAAGUUUUAGUUUUUUUGUCAAUAAAACCGAUAUCAUCAACAAAUAGAGUAUCUGUUUUUUGUUAUUGUUUUUGGUGUGUUACUUUGGUAGGGAUUUUGCAGAGAUGUCCGUUGUCGUGAAUGAAGAAUUGGUUGAGCAGCUUAAGGAUGUUGGGAGUAAGCUUCUGCAACCCCCAUCUUCCACUCCUGAACUUGUUAACCUACUUGAUGAAGUAGUGUUACUCUUGUCAAAGAUUGGACAAUCACCAGCCAAGGUUGUGCAAGAGGCACUUUUGCCAACAAUGAAGGGUUUAAUAUCUGACAAGCUUAUGGGGAGUUCAGAUGCUGAUGUUUUGACUACACUUGCUGCUUGUCUAAAUGAAAUUAUGCGGAUUUCAGCACCAGUUGCUCCUUAUGAUGAUGACAAAAUGAGACAAAUUUUUGAGCUCAUAGUCUCGUCGUUUGACAACUUAAGCUGUUCUCGUGGCCGUUGUUAUUCCAAGGCUGUUCUUAUUCUUCAAAGUGUUGCAAGGCUUCGAUCGUGUGUAAUGAUGCUUGACCUCGAUUGUGAUUCUUUAAUCACUAAAAUGUUUCAACUUUUUCAGAAACAUAUCAGCUCCGAUCAUCCUCAUUGUGUAUUCCUGGCUAUGGAGAAGAUCAUGAGUGUCAUGGUAGAAGAAAGUGAUUCUCUCUCAAUGGAGCUUGUCAUGGUCCUGGUAGAAAGCAUCAGAAAGGAAAACCAAAAUGCUUCACCUGAAGCUUUUAAAUUGGGUGCCAAAGUUGUUGAAGAUUGUUCAAAGAAGCUCAGACCUUAUAUCAUGGAAGCAAUGACAUCAUUGGAUUGCUGCCUAGAAGAUUAUGCUCCCAUUCUUUCUUUGAUUUGUGAGACUGAGUCUAAUGCUGUGGAAGACCUUGUUCAUGAUUCUCCCAAGCAUCUGGCAAAUAGUGAUCCCACUGCGGAUGAGCUUCAUUCUGCCGAAAAUGUGCAGCAUUUGAAGACAAUAGAAGGUUGCAGUCAUGAUCCAGGAACUGAUUUAGGAACUGCAUCCAAGAGCGGAGGGAAGGUCAAGUCCCAUAAUUCUGAUGAAGAGAAUCAGAACUCGACAAGCAAAGAGAAAACUGCUCGGGGAAUACCUCAUGGUCAUGUGAAAAAUUUGUUAGUACCAAAAAGUGAGAAGGCAGUCCCUACACUGGAAGAUGAGGUCUCCAAGGGGGAGACAGAAGAAGUUGUUGAUCUUGACAAUAAAAAGGUUCGCCAGGCAACUUCUCAUGGCGGUAGUAGUGAUAAGAAGGGUAAGCCAUCAAAGAAGGAUGUUUCUGGGGGAACCGGGAAGAAGGGCACAACAGGUUUGUCAAAAAAGAACAAGAUCAGGACAAAUGACACCUCUAAAUCUCAGAGGAAGAGGACCUCCUCAGAUGAUGAUGUUUUUGAGACUCCUCAUGGAAGAAAAGAUUACAAAGAGGAUUUGAUUGGCUCUAGGAUCAAGGUUUGGUGGCCUCUCGACCGCAAAUAUUAUGAAGGGGUUAUCUCAUCCUUUGAUGCUUCUACAAAGAAGCACAAGGUUGACUAUGAUGAUGGAGACAGGGAGGUUUUAAAUUUGAGAACGGAACAAUGGGAGUUUGUGGGUGAUGAAAUUUCGAAUGAUAUUGAUUUAUUUGUUAACAAUCAACAUCCUCAGUCACGCCCAAAUAUGCCAAAACGAGAGGCAUCAAAAACAGUGCUUGAGAAGGAAACUAAUUCAAACAACAUGAUCAAAGGGGAAGUAAUGCUUGACUGUGGGGAUGAAGUUGGCGAUGGAAGCCAUCAAGCUGCCAAGAUGGAAGAGAAGGUGAAGAUGCCCGAAGGUUUAAGUGAGACAAAAAGGCCAAGGUUGUCCGAUGGACAGAAGUCUUAACGUCUACUUUUCAAAUCCUCUUCGUGCUCUGAUAUGAUGGAGAAAGUUAAGGUAGAUUGAUGAGAAGACAAGUUUUUUGUCCUAGAUAGCUGUUGGUGCACCUCCUCAUAUCUAGAAAAUUAUUUACUCCUACUUAGUAGAGGUUGGAAGCCAUAUAAUGUUGUAUAUGGUGUAAUGAUUUUGAAAGUUGAAGAGAAUGUUCGAAGGGUUUAGUGGAUAUGGUUAGGAUAGUUGACUUACCUGAGUAUGUACAGGUUUGUGUUAGUGGCGUAUCUUCUUGCAAAGGGCAACUGUAAUUAAUUCAUCAGCCCGACUGCCCAAUUUUGUACACAUGAAACCAGAUAUAAAAUCUCUCUCCCCCAAGUAUCUUUCUUGUC